UUCGGGAUCUGAGCGUGGGAACAUAGAGUUGAUUAAGCGUGCAGCAUGGAGGGAAAAGGAGUGACGAUUCGACCGAUGCGUGAGCAGGACAAGGAAGGUGUGGUUGAGUUGCGCAGAAGUUAUGGCCAGCAGCUGGGCAUCGGGGCACUGGACGCGCUGACAAAGUACGAUCCGGACUGCAUCUACGUCGCGGUUACCGAGGAUGGUCAGGUGCAGGGCAGUUGCGCCGUCGUGGACCUACACCCUGACAUCGCGUACGUGAUGAUGCACGCGGUUCGCGCCGAGCUCCAGAAGUCGGGGCUCGCCACGAGGCUCUGGCAGGAGGCCGUCGAGCAGCGUCUCGGGGCCGACAGGAACGCGUUCCUCAUCUGCGGAGGAUUUCACGUGGCCAUGUACUACCGGCGUUUCGGCUUCGAAUCCGUGUCGCCACAGAGCGUCCACUACAUCCGGCCGGGGCCCGCCGACAUCUCCUCACUGACCCAGAGCGAGGAGGGCGUGCAGGUGGCGGCUGUGCAGGUGCAAGACGACGUCGAGACGGUGGCCGCCAUCGCCGACUACGACGCCGCCGUGUUUGGCUUCCGCAGAGAACGCUUCAUUGGUUUUGUUCUGGCCGAAAAGGGCAACGCCGUAGUAGUGGCACGACGAGACGACCAGAACCGGUCUGUGGUAGGCUACGGAGUGGUCAGCACGGACAUUAGCGGCCGUGCGCUCCUGAGGAUCGUGUACGCCGACGAAGAGGCCAUCGCCGAGUGCAUCGUGUACCGCUUGCUCGAGGCGUACGGCCCGUUUCACAAGAAGGGCCUCACGGGGCUGCUGCUGGCAGGAGCCGGGAAAGGGCACGGCAUCGACCAUAAGAUGGCGCUGGAAACCGUGCCCUACGUGAACAUCCUCUACCGCCGACACGAGCCGUCCACGUGCGACUACGGGAAACAGUUCGUGGUGCCAGUGUAGGCUGGUCUGUAAUGGACU